GCUCAUGCGAAAAUACCAAAUUCCACUCAAAAAGAUGUUGAUUUAGCAGUAGAAGCAGCUAAAAAUGCGUUCCCUAAAUGGUCAAAAACACCUAGAGUCAAACGUGCACAAAUGUUGUAUAAAAUAGCUGAUGCUCUUGAAUUGAGACUUAAAGAAUUUGCUUCAGCUGAAGUUCAAGAUCAAGGAAAAACUAUUACUUUUGCUACUAAUGUUGAUAUCACUAGAUCCGUAUAUAAUUUUAGAUUUUUUGCUGGUUAUAUUUUACAUGAGGAAGAAAAAGCUAAUGUUAUGGAAGGAAAAUGUUUCAAUUAUGUUCAAAAAGAACCCGCUGGUGUCGCUGCGUUAAUUACUCCGACCUCUUUACAUUUUAACAUGGAAAAUUGCACCGUGUAUUGCAGUGAAUUAGCAAGUGUUACUGCAAAUAUGUUUUGUUCUGUUUUAAAAGAAGCAAAAUUACCUGAUGGAGUUAUUAAUAUUAUUUUUGGUUAUGGAGCUACCACUGGUCAUCAGCUUAUUUCUCAUCCUGAUGUUCCACUUGUUUCUUUUACAGGAGGGACUGAAACUGGAAAAAAAGUUAAUAUCGCUGCAGCCCCUUUUUUCAAAAAAGUUUCAUUGGAAUUAGGUGGUAAAAAUGCCAAUAUUCUUUUUGAGGAUUGUGAUUUCGAAAAAGCUGUGGAAACAAGCAUCCUUUCUUCUUUUAGUAAUCAGGGAGAGAUCUGUUUAUGUGGAUCUCGUAUAUUUGUUCAUUCAUCAAUUUAUGACAACUUUCUUGAAUCAUUUGUUCAUAAAGCGGAAAAUUUGAUUGUGGGUAAUCCUAAUGAUCCUAAUACUCAAAUAGGUGCUUUAAAUAGUAAACAACAUAUGGAAAAAGUAUUGGGUUAUAUUGAAUUGGCUAAAUCAGAAGGUGGUGUAAUUAAAUGUGGAGGAAAAAGAAAAGAAAUGACUGGAGAUUAUAGUGAGGGAUAUUUUGUUGAACCUACUGUUAUUACAAAUAGAGUAGCUCAUGAAGAAAUCUUUGGACCUGUUGUUACUGUUCAUCCGUUCGAAUCCGAAGAUGAAGUUAUUAAAUAUGCUAAUGAUAGUCAACAUGGCUUAUCUUGUUCUAUUUGGACUCAAAAUGGAAGUCGUCAACGUCGGGUAGCUGAAAGUAUUCAUGUUGGUACAUGUUGGGUUAAUUGUUGGCUUAUAAGAGAUUUAGCAAUGCCUUUUGGUGGAAUGAAGAAAAGUGGAAAUAUUAUAGAAACUCCUAAAACCACUAGUGAUGAGAACAGUAACUCUUCUGAAAGUGAAUAUGAAAGUGAAAUUAAAUUAGAAGGAAGUACUUCUGGAAUUAGCCUCUGA